UAACUUGGAAAAAAAAAAAAAAAAAAAAAGUAUUAACGAUACAAAAAGUCCGCAUUAUUAUUAGCGGUGCUUUAACACAGUUCGACCUCAGGCCUGUUCCGAACGCGUGGUGCGUUAAAUUAGAUCAUUAAUAAAAAAAAUACUGCUCCCCGGAAGAACGUAGUGCGCAUGACAGAAACGCACACGUAAAACAGAGCAUCAAAAAUAGGUUAGGCCUGGCGGUUUUUAUGAUUAUUUCCAACUAUGCAUUUCGUCAUUUUUAUACCCGGUCAACAAAGAGCUAAAUCUCACCCCUAAAGAAGGGUAAAUUAGUGCAGACAGGAAAUCCGGGCAGUUUUGGAGCAUUUAGAUUGGAUAAAGCACUUCCGGUCGCGCGCUACGACGAGGCCUGUUGACACCCAUUCGGGGAAGAUGUAGAAGAUCAGAAACCUCAGAGAUUUGGGCUUCCAGAGGAGCAGCCAGGUAUCAAGUGUGUGUUCAACAUCCAACCUUUCACCUCGGAUCUCACACUACACACUUUAAAAGGAGUGAAAAGGCUCUCCUUCAUUUCUCUUUCAGAUGUCUUCCCGAUAUUUGGCGUGUGUCGUCCACAGGCUGACCCAUGAAGCAUCACAAUGAGCUCCAUAGACAGGGAUGAUGGCAGUAUUUUUGAUGAGUUGAUGGAAGGCGAUGAGAGGGAUAAGGCCAAACGCGUUUCCAGAAAUAAAUCAGAGAAGAGGAGGAGAGACCAGUUCAAUGUGCUCAUCAAAGAGCUGGGCACCUUGCUGCCUGCCAACACACGCAGGAUGGACAAGUCCACCAUCUUACAGAAGAGCAUUGACUAUUUACGCAAGCAAAAAGAAAUCACUGCACAGUCUGAGUCGAGCGAAAUCAGACAGGAUUGGAAGCCCCCUUUCCUCAGCAAUGAGGAGUUCACACAACUCAUGCUGGAGGCGUUGGACGGCUUCUUUCUCGUCAUCCUGACCGAUGGAAACGUCAUCUAUGUGUCUGAAAGUGUCACGUCUUUACUCGGCCACUUACCGUCAGAUUUAGUAGAUCAGAACCUGCUUAACUUCCUUCCAACCGGAGAGCACAGUGAUGUGUACAAAGCCCUCUCCUCACACCCAGAAGCCGAAAACCUCAGCCCAGAAUACCUCAAGACUAAGGGCCAGCUGGAGUUUUGCUGUCACAUGCUUCGAGGCUCUGUGGAACCCAAAGAUCCGGCCAUGUUCGAAUACGUCAGAUUCAUCGGCAACUUCAAGUCUCUCAGCAACAUGCCACGAAUAAGCCGAAACGGACUUGAAGGAGUACUCCAGCAGUCACUGAGGCCAGCCUUUGACGACCACGUGUGUUUUGUAGCAACAGUGAGGCUAACCAAGCCUCAGUUCAUCAAGGAGAUGUGUACCAUAGAGGAGCCUAACGAAGAGUUUACAUCCAGACACAGUCUAGAGUGGAAAUUUCUGCUCUUAGAUCAUAGAGCCCCUCCUAUCAUUGGUUAUCUUCCCUUUGAAGUUCUAGGGACGUCAGGUUAUGAUUACUAUCACGUUGACGACCUGGAGUCCCUGGCUAAAUGCCACGAGCAUUUGAUGCAGUUUGGAAAGGGCAAGUCAUGUUACUAUCGAUUCCUGACCAAAGGCCAACAGUGGAUCUGGCUCCAGACUCACUAUUACAUCACCUACCACCAGUGGAACUCACGGCCUGAGUUUAUUGUGUGUACACACAAUGUAGUGAGCUAUGCAGAGGUACGGGCAGAGAAAAGGAGAGAGAUGGGCAUCGAGGAUUCACCUCCUGAGAGAACAGUAGACAAGUCUCAGGACUCAGGAUCUGAAUCCCAAUUAAACACCUCCAGCCUAAAGGAGGUGCUAGAGCGAUUCGAUCACAGCCCCACACCGUCCACCUCCUCGCACAGCUCGCGCAAGUCGUCACACACAGCCAUGUCAGACAGCAUGUGCACCUCCACCCCCAAUGAGUCCCAGGUGGAGGUGAGAACACCGCCUCGGCCCAGCACCAUCGACAUGACAUUACAGCGCCGUUCCUCCCUCAGUGAUCAGAAUAUUCACACAAGUUCCCCUGUUCAAGUAAACCAGCAGCAACAACAAACCCAACAUAACACACAGUACUCCGCACAGCUGAACGCCAUGCAGCAUCUGAAAGAGCAGUUGGAACAGAGGACGCAGAUGAUCGAGGCCAAUAUAAAAAAGCAGCAGGAAGAACUGAGGCAAAUUCACGAGCAGCUGCAGAAGGUGCAGGGCCAAAACCUUCAGAUGUACUUGCAGCAGUCAUCAGCUAUGCACCACUCUCAGGUGGGUGGAGCUUCAGGCUCCCAAGCUGAAGUGGGAGUACAGGUUGUCACAAGCACCGCCCCCAACAGAACACAUCGCACCCUUCAGCCACAGCAAGCUCCGCCUCCUCAGAAUUCACAAGGCUCCGUCCUCACACAGGGUUCUGUGUCCAACACAAUGAUGGUCAGUCAGCCUGGUGGCGACAGUGUCCUGCAGGUUCCAAGCACCCCAUCGCAUAACAUCACACAAGUAACUACAAUUAACAGGUUUCCAGGGCAACAGUUGGUCACGAAGUUAGUCACGGCUCCCAUGGCCUGCAGUACUGUGAUGGUUCCCACGACAAUGUUUAUGGGCCAAGUAGUGACCGCGUACAACCCGUUUGCGCAGCAGCAGCCGCAGCAGCAGCAGCAGGGCCGAACUCAGGCGAUAGCAGCGGUGACUGAUUCUCAGCAACAGGGGCAGCCCCAGGGGGCGAUACUGCCUCAGCAACAGCAGCCAUUUUUACAGGGAACCCACAUUUUGCAGAGCAACCAGUCCACACAGCUGAUCCUGCAGGCAUUCCCUAUUCAGCAGCAGGGUGCAUUCACCACAACAGCACCACAACCACCACCACAUCAACCACAGCAAAAACCCCAGCAGCAGUUGAAGCCGCAGACUCCAAAGCAGGCGAAAACCUCAUCCUCUCACCAUACGGACACCUCGAGCACCCAGUCACAGUGAUGCAGGACGACGUAAGCAGCAAUCCUUUUGGAAUAUACUUUUUGGGGGGUUUCAGUUCUACAGCAAUAGGAUUGACCUCAGUAUCACCAGAUGGCCACCGGGGGCAGCGUUUUACAGACUUCGCAGUAUUUCUCAGCAAUAACAGCGUGAACGUCGGUGCCAUUAAAUACAGUUUCUCUUCACGUCUUUUGUAAUUUAUUGAAGGAAUCCAGUUAAGUCUCUGAAAAAAUUCAUAAAAAAAAGAAUAAUAAUAAUUAUAAGUUGUAUUAUUUUUAUGAACCACAUGAAUUUUACUGUAAAGGAACAAAAAAUAUUUUAUACUCUGCAUAAAAAGUAUAAGCUCUUAGUUUGUAAGUUUUCGUUUAUACGUCACGAUUUUUUUCCCAUCGUGUUUAAAGUGUGGGGAAAAAAACAUUACUGUUGUAGUUAUUUUAACGUAGCUUUGGUUUUCUAUUCAGCCCCAAAGGUGGAAAAUAGCUUUCAGAUUUAUAUAUUGCUCGUCAUUGAAAAGUAUUCUUUGAAACAUAUUUUGAUACAUAACCACAGUGUUACCUCGACUUCAUGGACAGAUGCAGUUCUGAAUGUUUUAAGUGCCAAAAAUUAGGGUUUUCUUUGCAAAAAAUCAUAUAUAUAUACUAAAUUGUCUAAACCUUGUGGACACCUGACCAUAAAAUUUGUUUUUUUGAACGUCCCAUUCUAUAUUUUUUUGCUGUUAGUAUAAUCAUCACUCUUCUGGGA